AUGAAUAAAAUUUUAUUAUUAUUAUUGAGUUUUUGUGCUAGAAACACCAAAAAAUGGUCAGCGAACUAUCACGGGGCUUCCGCGAGGACUGCUACACCUUCCUGACCGAGUUCAACCGCCACGAGUCGAUGGAAUUCCGCCACUUUUGCUACGAGUGGAAGCGAAUGAACUUUCAGUUUGUGUUCUAUGGCCGAAACACGGACGUCGAUAUGGUCGCCUUCGUGGCGGAAGCACUGACCAUUGUGAAGCAGAUUUUUCUCAGCUCGAAAAAUCCGCUGGAAAAGAUUGGUGCGUUCUACCUGCUGUACACUUUGUACUUCAAACAACCAACGGAACGGUUUUGUAAGAUUCGAGUUACACUGGUGGACUGGCGAGAGUUUAAACGAUUCAUUCAGCGGCCUGCACCGGAGCAGUACUCGCUGGAGAUCGCGGCCAUCUUUUGGAAGAUGUUCAUCGGCGACGCCUUUCGGUUUGUGCAGGACGAGCUGGAAUAUGGGUAUGAUUCGUUUUUCGGAAAGGGAACGCAGAUGGGGCGGUUCGACGAUAAGAGCCGGGAGGCGUUCAAGAUCGUAAAGGAGGCGGAAAACGAUUUUCUAGCAAUGAAGGCCAGUACGGGGUUGUUUACGGCGCUGGAUGCACUGGAGAUGGGAUACAACGAAAUGAAGGAAUCGUUGGAUGAAACAGAACCGACGACGGGUAGCUCCGGUGAUAAAAUCCCUCAAUCGAACCUAAUGCAGAGCCUACACAAAGACCUCGAUGCGCUGAUUUCGAUUCUCAACACAUCGAACGAAGCCCAAGCGGGCGAUGACGAUGCAUCGGAUGCCCUGCUGGCGGCGGAGUUUCAGUCGAGCGAUAACAUCGGUGCCAAGCGGUCUUCCCUUAGGGAGAGGGCUUUCCGAAGGAAAGUACACCGCAAGGAUUUGCAGAUUGCUACGGCUUCGAACGACGGCGUUGGCUCUUCGACGGGGAGCAGCCGCCAGCUGAGGCCACGUGCCACCAAAAAACGCGACAUGAAUUCGUCCGUGAUGACCGACGAUGCGGUUUUCGAAGCGAUGAGCACCGACGAUGACGAUCCGACGGCCGCCUAGGUGCGAUUGUGGUGUUCCAGUCAUCCGAAGGAUGAUGCAACACAUCACGAUACAUUUUAUUUCACGCGCGCGGCGUUUUGUGUGCUAUUUAUGAAGUGUGAUAAUUUCGAAACAGGAAUCUUGCAAUCGACGACCGCUCGGGUUACAUUCAUUUCACGCCUGCUGAAGAAUCGUGCUAAUUUCCACACAAACGGUCGUCGAGAACUGCUGUAUCUAUGGGGGUGGAAGCCUACAAACAGUGCUGCACCGUAUCUUGUAUGGAGUAUCGGUUUCGUGUGGAAGAAAUUGGCAAAUGUGAUAAUUUAGAUGAUAAUUUAAAUUGAACUGCUAUUUGAGCGGAUAGCAUC